AUGAACCCUCGGGGUUCGCUAAGGCAUUCAACCCAAGGAUCCGGGCUUAUAUUCGACAAAGAGCUCAAUCAAGACCUGGGGUUAAGGGCCGCUCGAGACCGAGACUCCAGCCUUGAACCUCCGGCCUGUCUACGGUCAACUUCAGACCUCUCCUUCAAUCACUCAGCAGCCUCCUUCUAUAGCGUUAGAUGCUCACAGAAGACCAUUGCACUCCAGGCCUCUUCACUUCCUCCCUAUUUAAUGGGCAGCUCAUAUCUAAGGAUCGUGGUCAGCAAGGAAGCAUCUGGAGGGGACUAUGUAUAUGUUUCCACUGGUUUAUGUCCAGCGCCUCUCUUUCUACUAUAG